AUGUCCGCAAACGCCGACAAGACCAGACAGUCUUCUGGCGGUAAAUCAUCAUUCUUCUCACGGAGUAGCAAGAAGGACAAACGGAACGCCAGCGAUGAAGCAAAGUAUCUUGGGGGUGAAUUGGAUAAAGUGGGAUCUACCAGCUCGAGGACUUCACGCCAUACAACAAGAUCUUCGAUCGCGUCAAUAGACCGACCUGAUUCCCCUGGAGGGGACCAGAGGGGCUUGAGUAUGAUGGCAGGAGUGAUCACAUCGAUACCUUACGACUCAGUUUCCGCCGAUAGCAAAUCGCCAAUACCUGUUGAUUACCUGCCGAGGAGCGACCAGAUGCCAAUGCGAAAAGAGCCGUUACCACAUCAUUUGAAUAAAGCUGCGGGGGACUACCAUCAAUACCCUUCGAUCGAUCCCAGCACAAUGCAGAAUGGUAGCUCUCAUCCAACAGGCCCACGGCCUCCCCCGAAUGUUGGCAAUGUCACAAUGGCGUCAACUGGAGAUAGGAGGACGGCUUUACAGCAGUGGGGACCAAGUAGGGGGAGUACAGCGAGCACCAUACAGCAUAAUCCGCGAUACGAUUCGAUCUCAACUAACAAUUCUUCUGCGUACGGACGAAGCUCGAUCGAUCAAUCGAGUAUGGACUCCAGCACUGAACGCUCAAGUGUUUUCUCUUCUGGCAGCUCCUCGAAGACGGCCAUGCCUAAUUCCUAUUCCAACAGUUCCUUAUCACCAUCUUACCCACCGAGUGGUCGCGAGUCGCAUCGACUUACCAAAUUUCCCUCGCCUCAUGAUUCGAGAUUCAGUUCUACACUCUCAUUAGGCAGUUCCCAUGACUCUUUUAAUCUUAAUCGGCCUACAGAUGACAGAGUGAUCGAGGAGCAAUUUUUGGCCUUGAUGCAAAAACGAGGAUGGCACAACCUACCGGAUCAAGCUAGACGGCAGAUGAUGGCAUAUCCAGCCGCAAAGAAAUGGACGCUGGUUCAUCAGGAUCGAUUGACGGAAUGGCAAGGUGAACAAAAGCGACGGACGACACAGAGAUAUACUGGACAGUACGGAAAUGCCAUGGAGAUGAUUAUGAAUGCAGAAGAAGAGGGAACGCCGGAAUGGUUCGUGAGGAAAGUUAUGGAUAACAGCAUUUCGGCAAAGCAGUUGCAAAGUCUGGCUGUAAGUCUGAGAACACAACCUAUUGGAUGGGUGAAGACGUUCGUGGAAUGCCAGGGUCAAGUUGCCUUGACAAAUGUACUUGGGAAAAUUAAUCGACGGCAAGCGCAAGGUCCGGCGCCUGCUGAUGGUACUACGAGUGAAAAGGAUUUGGAUCGAGAGUACGACAUAGUCAAGUGCUUGAAAGCUCUAAUGAACAACAAGUUUGGAGCCGACGAUGCGUUAACACACCAAGGCGUAAUCGUCUCAUUAGCAAGCUCCUUGAUAUCACCUCGCUUAACGACACGAAAACUUGUCUCUGAGGUAUUAACAUUCUUGUGCCAUUGGGCUGAUGGACAAGGUCACCUCAAAGUUAUCCAGGCGAUGGACUUUGUCAAAAACCAAAAUGGAGAGAACGGCCGAUUCGAUGCUUGGAUGCGUGUUGUUGAGGUCACUGUUGAUGGUCGAGGAAAGAUGGGUAGUCUUGUUGGUGCCAGCGAAGAGCUUAGAAGCGGUGGUAUUGGAAUGGAGAACCUACUCAUGGAAUACGCCGUAGCCACUCUGUUCUUGAUCAAUAUGAUUGUCGACGCUCCGGAACGAGAUCUCCAAUUACGAGUCCAUAUUCGGGCUCAAUUUACAUCAUGUGGUAUCAAACGGAUUUUGCUGAAGAUGGAGGGCUUCCAGUACGACGUUAUAGACAAACAGAUUGAGCGCUUCAGAACGAAUGAGGCUAUCGAUUAUGAGGAUCUUCUGGAGCGCGAUAAUAGCAGCAUGAAAGAUAGUAUAGAGGGCGAGGUCAAAGAUUUGAGUGACCCAGCUCAAAUCGUCGACGCUAUCAUGUCAAAAAUUCAGGGCAGUCGCACACAGGACUAUUUCGUUUCAGCUAUGCAGCAUCUUCUGCUCAUACGGGAGAGCGAUGGCGAAGAACGUCUACGCAUGUUCCAGCUUGUGGAUUCCAUGCUUAGCUAUGUGGCCAUGGACAGACGACUACCGGAUCUAGAUCUCAAACAAAGUCUGAACUUGACUGUCCAGAAUUUACUCGAUAAACUCCAUACCGAUUCGGAAGCGAGACAGGCAAUGGAUGAGUCUCUGGAAGCCCGUCAAAUUGCCGACUCUGCUAUGGCUGAGCGCGAUGAGAUGAAAGCUCAGAUCGAACUUGGGGCCGAAGGAAUGGUAGCGAAGCUUCAGAAACAAAUAGAGGAGCAGACACAAUUUAUUGAGCUUCAACAUCGACAAAUAGAGGCUGCGAAGAGUGAGGUUGAUAACCUCCAGACUAUCCGCGCCAAAGAAGCCCAGCGUAACGAGCUCGAGACGAGAGAAUUAUAUCUCAUGCUUCGUGACGCGCAAGACAUUGCUGCUUCGAAUGCUGCCAAGGGCGCUGCAGCAGGAGUCUUUGAUAGUGACCCAUCUCAUCAAAAUGGCAUACUUGAUCGUGAGAAACUCAUGGACCGUCUGGAAAUGCAAAUCGAGCGUCAAAAGACACAGUUCAAAUUGGAAGGUAGAGUUUGGGGCGACGCCGUUGGUCCUUCGGAUCGUCUCCGCGCACUUCGUGAGGAGAUGGAUGGCGAUGCAGAGCCAGCUGCUGCUGGAGUCGCCGCACCAGGCAAUAGGGACUUUGCGAACAGCAUGCUGGGAAGUGUUUCCCGACAGACCAGAAUACCACGAAAGCCUGUUCGCUCCUCGCAAGACCAAGAAGCUCUACUUGCUGAAGAAGACGAGGAGGCCACAGUCUAUGAAAAACCUCGGAUAGUCGAGAUGAAGAGGCCAAAACAGGCUCCUGGAUAUCUAGAUGAAAUGACCUCAAAGGUCAAGCGAAUAGAUGCUAGUGAUGAUGAGGAUGGGGAUGGUGUUACGACCGGGCCUUCACAUCCAAGUCUCGAGUCCGAAUCACCGAAAACGCCAAAUGAUGAGGGUAUACCCCCAUCGGUUCCUCCAAAGAUACCCACUGCACCUCCACCACCCUCAUUUAAUGGCCCUCCUCCCCCACCUCCGCCUCCUCCACCACCACCGAUGCCAGGACAGAUGCCAGGCUUCAACGGUCCACCCCCACCGCCUCCCCCUCCUCCCCCACCUCCAGGGUUUUUCUGGUGGUCCUCCCCCACCGCCUCCUCCUCCCCCCUAUGCCUGGAACUCCUGGAAUGGCUCCUCCGCCGCCACCGCCUCCCCCUGGCAAAAUGUCCGUCCUUGGGUCUUCCUGUUAUGAGACCCAAGAUCAAGCUGAAGGCUCUCCAUUGGGAGAAGGUUGAUACUCCUAUGACUACACAUUGGGCGGCGCAUGCACCGACUCUUGCUGAAAAGGAGGCAAAGUAUGCCGAAUUGACUAGGAAGGGUGUGCUCACUGAGGUUGAGAAGCUUUUCAUGGCCAAAGAGAUCAAGCAGCUUGGCAAGGGUACUGGCAAGAAGACAGACAAAAAACAAGUCAUCUCGAGUGAUCUAAUGAGGAACUUUCAAAUUUCCCUUGCCAAGUUCUCUAACUAUCCUGUGGAUAAGAUCGUUCAAAUGAUCAUACACUGUGAAAAAGAAGUCCUGGAUAACUCUGUUGUCAUGGAGUUCCUAUUAAAGGACGACAUGUGUAACAUUCCAGAAAAUACCACGAAGCUCAUGGCCCCUUAUGCAAAAGAUUGGACUGGACCAAAUGCUUUGAAGGAAGAACGGGAAAUGGAUCCUUCGGAAUUGACUCGAGAGGAUCAAAUUUACCUCCAGACAGCAUAUGAACUUCACCACUACUGGAAAUCGAGGAUACGAGCGCUUAGCCUCACGAGAUCAUUCGAGACAGAAUAUGACGAGAUAUCCUUCAAACUCAAGCAAGUUGUCAGCGUCGCAGACUCAUUGCGUGAUUCAGUGUCACUGAUGAACGUCAUGGGUUUGAUUCUUGAUAUCGGUAACUACAUGAACGAUUCGAACAAGCAGGCUAGUGGUUUCAAGCUGAGCUCUCUUGCGCGACUUGGAAUGGUCAAGGAUGACAAGAAUGAAUCGACUUUCGCUGAUCUGGUUGAAAGAAUUGUUCGAACCCAAUAUCCAGAGUGGGAGAACUUUGUUGAUGACAUCGGUGGUGUUGUUACUGCUCAAAAGCUCAAUGUGGAACAAUUGCAGCAAGAUGCCAAGAGAUACAUCGACAACAUCAAGAACGUACAAAUGUCUCUCGAUUCUGGUAAUUUGAGCGAUCCAAAGAAAUUCCACCCACAAGAUCGCGUCAGCCAGGUUGUGCUGCGAUCAAUGAAAGAUGCUCGUAGAAAGGCCGAGCAGAUGCAACUCUAUCUCGAGGACAUGGUACGAACAUAUGAUGAUAUCAUGGUCUUUUACGGCGAAGAUCCAGCCGACGAGAACAACAGACGUGACUUUUUCGCCAAGUUGGCAAUGUUCGUGAACGAAUGGAAAAAGUCCAGAGAGAAGAACAUCCAACUAGAAGCGACCAAGAAACGGAACGAGGCAUCUAUGAAACGAAAACACGCCCAACUCAAAGUCAACGGCACAUCAGACCCCAACGUGCCUCACUCCCCAAGCUCAACCGGUGCCAUGGAUUCUCUCCUCGAGAAACUUCGUGCCGCCGCUCCACAAGCACGCGACCAACGCGAUCGCAGAAGACGAGCGCGUCUUCAAAACCGUCACCAAGUCCGUGUCGCAUCAGGCCAGAAAAUCCCCGACCCCGACGAGAUUCCUGAAGCCGAAGAGGGCUUACUAAGUCCCGACGCUGCUAGCGAAGGGUUAAUGAGUCCUGAUACCGUCAAGACCGAGGGCUCAGAAGACGAUAUCGCCGAACGCGCAGCGUCGUUACUCAAGGGUAUGCGGGGCAACGACGGCGCUGAAGAUGCGGAAGGCGCAGAUCGUCGACGGAGUAAACGCCGCGAGAACGCGGAUGAGGAACGGCAGCGGAGGAGAGAACGCAGGAAGAAAGCUAGCAGUCAGAGUGAAGCGCUGCAGGAUGGGGAGGGGAUCCCAGAGGAGGGCGAGGGCAGUGUCGAGGCUACGACGCCGACGACGUUGGUCAGUCCGCCGAGUCCUGAGGGGAGUGAGAUGAAACCUAUUGAGGUUGAUUGA